AUGGCUGAAUACAGAGGAUUUCAUGACCCUUUGGAAACCCUAUCUGGAACUUGGGCCAAGCAGUCCGUGGAGCGUUCAGACAUUCAAAAUCUAUUGUCUGCCAACGCAGAUCCCGACAUGGAGGCUCACAUGACAGAUCUCCAAAUCAGCCUGGUCAAAGCCGAACUGGAAAUGUUCCAAAUCAGCCUGUUCGGAGGCGAAUUGCAAAUGUUCGACUCAACCAAUUUUUGGGAGGUGAUAGCCAGGGAAUUCUCAUUCCAGGGAGGCUCCGCAGAAACACCUCACGGGGUCCAUUACAACUUACUGGGUAUAUCUAUCAUGCGUUGA